CUCAACAUCGAUGUUUUCAGUAUCACAGUUCUGGUUCAGCAACAUGUCUAGCUUCACACUUUUGGUCACUUUCUCAGCUCUUUUGGCUGCUGCCUUUGCCAACCACUAUGGGCAUGCCCAACUAAAUGCUGCAGUUGACGUGGAAUGGCCCAAAGAAAGGACGACUAGAUACCAUUUGGUUAAGCGUAAACCGUCAAACCGUAAAAGUCCACUUUCUGGAUCUGACACAUCAUCCAACUUCCUACUGGAAGAUAGAGCUCACGAGCAUCAUGCGCACACCAAUUCCGAAGAACUGGCAAGGGCGGAAUACGAAAUAAAAGAUUCCAUUCAUCACUUGGAAAACAUCCACAGAAGAAAUAUUGGUAGCAGUUCCGAGCAUUCUGGCCAUGCUUCCAGGUAUUGGCCAAUAUCUCAUGAGGAGCACAAGAGAGCCAGUCUUCACCAUCUGCUGAACACCCAUCACCGAGCCGCUGCCGCUCACAGAGCUGGAACUCUCACAGCCGGACAUGCACUUGAACUGCUGGAAGCCCAUCAAAGAGUUGCUGCAGCCCAUGGACUCGAACAUCUGAUUCACCCUCAUGGUAAUGCCCAUCACACCCUGCAUUCUGCAGAAGCUGUUGGGUCCAGAUCCGCAGGAAAACAUUAUCAUGCGAUCCAUGAACAUGAAUCUUCCAAGAUGCAUCAUUACUAAUCCCUUCAACAUGUUCCAGAACUAGGCGGCCUUUGGACUGGGACUGGAUGAAAUAAUAUCCUCAAUAUAUGUGUUUAAUGAACUUAUUUGGAGCAAUAAAUACCAGUAUGCUAAA